AUGGAAGAUUCAUUUAAUUUCAAUCUACUAAGAAUAUCGAUAGCCCAAAUACUAAAAUCUCAAGGAUUUGAUAAAUGUAAACCAUCAAUACUAAAUAUAGUUACAGAUUUAUAUAUAAAUUUUUUUAAUAAACUAGUGACAGAAUCAAUAAAAUGUAGUCAAUAUAGAACUCAAACUAAUGAACCAGAAGUACAAGAUGUUAUGCAAAGUAUGAUUAAUUUAGGAUUAAUAAAAGCUACGAAUCAUUUACAAUUACAUGAUGAUAUGUUUGAAGAAUCAAAAUAUAAUACAAAAUCUGUAAAUUCAUUUAAAUUAUGGGUUUUAAAAAGUUAUGGAUUCAACUUGCUAGUAAAAUUGAAUAAAUUCCCAAUAAAUCUAGUGGAAAACUUAAUUGAAAAAAGAAAAAUAGUAGAUGAUGAUAUAGAAACAGAAUUAGAAAAAAAGAGAAAAAAACAUAAAGAAAGACAAGAAUUUUAUAAUCAAUUAAAAUUAAAUGAUAAUGAAAUUCAACAACAACAAACUCGGGAAGAUAUAGAACUUGAAAUUCAACAACAACAACAAAAUUUAAAUUUACAAAAAUCAAUUGCAAAAAUGAAAUGGAUUAAUUAUUUAUUAGAAAAAAAUUUAAAAUUAGGUCACAACUUAAAAUUUUUAGCAUCGAAUGAAUUUAUAGUUGAAGAAUUUUUAAAAUUACAAUCUGAUGAUAAUUUCCAUCCAAGUAAUCAACAACAAAAUAUAAAUGAAAUCAUAACGAAAAUGGAUCAAAAUCAAUAUCAAAUUUUAAAAUUAGAAGAAAUUGAAACCACGAGUAGCAUAGAGAAGGAGAAAUUAGAAGAACAUUCAAAGUUAUUACAAAAACAAGAUGAAUUGAAACAAUAUCUACCAUAUAAUAUAAAUUAUAAUGAAGAUAAGUCUAUAGAUUCUUAA